GGCUGGCCUUGGCACACAAGUUCGGAUGAAGGCAAACCCGACGGCGAUCAAGUUGGUGGACGAAAGGGCGCAGCAACUUAUCGACCACUACAUCGAGGCCGUACCGGUCUAUUUCGCACCUCAUGCAUGCUAACCGGUGACGUUCGACAUUUUGGACACGAACUUCGACAUUAUUUUGGGAAAUGCCUUGGCUUGCAAGUGCGGAUCACAUGGUCAACUUCCACCGGCGGACUCUUAUCGUUCGGGACGCUUUCAGCACCGAAGUAUCGUGUACAAUUCCUCUUCCGCACCCUUCGAUCCAAUGCCAAGUGGUGACAGCCAAGUCAUUCCGGGCUACUUGCGCUUACGAGCAGCGCAACGAGAUAGGCCUAUGUUUCCUACGGACCGUUGCGAUAUCCGACUCUUCACCCACGGACUUGUCUUCGGACCCCCGUGCGGUGCGGUUGCUUGAAGAGUUUGCUGACAUCUUCGAGUCAUCUACCGGUGUGGUGCCGAAUCGGCCGAUCUCUCACGAGAUCAUUCUUGAGGCCGCUGUCGUGCCGCCGAAAGGUUGCAUUUAUCGCAUGAGCGAGGAGGAGCUUACGGUCCUCCAUGCACAACUCGAUGACUUGUUCGAUAAGGGAUGGAUUCGCCCUAGUAGCUCCCCAUAUGGAGCGCCAGUUCUCUUCGUACGGAAGAAGAACAAGGAUCUGCGAUUGUGCAUCGACUACUGCAAGCUCAACGCGCAAAUCGUCAAGAAUGCGGGGCCUCUUCCUCGUAUCGAGGAUCUUCUUGAGCGAUUGGGUGGCGCGAAGAACUUUUCUAAGUUGGAUUUGAAGUCGGGAUAUCAUCAAAUUUCAACCCGGCCAAACGAUCACUACAAAUCCACGUUCAAGACGCAAUAUGGGCAUUUUGAGUGGGCGGUCAUGCCUUUUGGCCUCAACAACGCCCCGACGACCUUUCAAGCGGCAAUGACCAACGAGUUUCGUGCAAUGUUGGACCGGUUCGUGCUGGUCUACUUAGACUACAUUCUCGUUUAUAGGAGGAUAUUGGAGGAUCAUUUGAGCACCUUCAACGAGUGUUGGGUGAGCACCUUCAACGAGUGUUGGAGACGCUCCGCGUCACUAAGUACAAAGCCAACCGUGACAAGUGCGAAUUUGUCCAGCAAGAGCUGGAAUACUUGGGCCAUUUGGUCACACCAGAGGGCAUCAGUCCGUUGUCGAACAAGAUUCAAGCCAUCCAAGAGUGGCCGGAGCCGCGGAACGUCACGGAUUGUGGAUGGGAUUCUCACGGUGGUCGACCGACUCACCAAGUUCGCCAUGUUUUUGCCUUGCCGCUAUCAUGCCAAGGCACCGGAGUUGGCCGAAGUUCUUUACGCCGGUUGGAUUCGAACCAAGGGUUACCCCAAGGAAAUCGUCUGCGACCUCGACACUCGAUUCAUAUCCGAUUUUUGGUUGGCGCUCAUCAAACGAUGGGGCUCAUGUCUCAAGCCAAGUUUGGCUCGCCACCCCCAAACCGAUGGCCAAACGGAGAGGGAGCAUCAAACCGCACAGGUUCUUCUUAGCACUCUUAUCCGUCCUGACCAAAAGGAUUGGGUUGCGCGGCUGUCGGAUGUGGAGUUGGCGUACAACUCGUCCAUCCACCCGACUAUCGAGAUGUCGCCCUUCGAGUUCGAGCGCGGCUCGCCGAUCUCGCCGGUCACUUCUCCGUUGGACACAAUCAUUAGACGAACGGCCGAGAGCGACGACCAUCUUCUUUUCUUGCGUCGGAUGCAAGAGCUACUUAUCAAGGCACGCGACCAGAUGGCUAAGACCCAGCAACGCAUGAGCCAACAGGCCAAUCGCAAACGUCUUCCUUGCCCAUUCCGCGUCGGCGAUCUCGUUCGGGUUUCCGCUGCGGAGUUCAGUCUUAAACAAGAUAUCUCUCGCAAGCUCCUCCCGAAAUGGAUGGGGCCCUGGUCGAUCGUGGCACUCGUUGGGGAUGCACCCGAAGGACCUUCCUUCACCAUUCAGAUGCCCGCCCACUUGCCCGGCUACCCGGUCUUUCAUUGCUCCAAGUUGGCUCUUUACACGGCAGUGGAACAUGAUGAUUUUCCCGGGCGACGAUCGCAAGACCCACCCUCUAUGGACGGUUUUCAAGAGGUCGGCGACAUCAUCUCCCAGCGACGCUACGGCAACAAGCCAACCGAGUACUUGGUACACUUUGCGUACGACACUCACAAAGCUGACUGUUGGUUGACCCGUGCGGAACUCCAAGCAACAACUCCAGAUGUUCUCGCACGCUACGAACGCGAGAUGCAAGGCAAGCCGGUAUCUUCGGCUCCACGUCACACCCGCAUCUAGGUUCCACCUUCAAAUCGCCAGCUUCGCCCUC